UUAAACAUUUUGAAGUCUCACAGCUAAUAACACCAAAGCAAAACUGACCAAUCAGUUUACACAAAACUAGUUUUGUAGACAUCGACUGACGAAAACUCUUCACUUUCCGUUACGUGCAGUUCUCGAAACAUCACUGAGCCACUAUAACCAACAACAGUCCUUCUCAGAACUACUCUCACCCGAGUGAUCACAGUACACCAUCAAAAUCAGUCAAACAGGAACAGUUUACAGUAGCAAACAUUUGCCUUUCUGAGAACAAACUCUCUGUUGCCGGCUUUGAGAAAAAUGCUGAACACCACUGAUGAACAUACAAACUCCUCAUUUGAAGUCAGGUAUCCGGCGUCACUUGUGGGGAUGUCUGCAGCAUUUGCAGCCUUGAACACUUUUCUCUCCAUCACCGCAAUACUGGGCAAUAUUCUCAUCCUAAUUGCUCUUAACAAAGUGACUUCGAUUUGUCCUCCAACGAAACUUUUGUUUCGAUGUCUGGCGGUCACCGAUCUUUGUGUUGGACUGGUAACACAACCGCUGUUUACAGUGAAGCUUCUUGCCAGCUUAAACUUUAAUGAAUAUUUUUAUGUUGGUUUAAUAGAGGUGAUCUCAUCUCAAGUUCUUUGUGGUGUCUCCCUCUUGACCUCAACUGCAAUAAGUGUGGACAGACUUCUUGCGUUGUCGUUGGGUCUGAGGUAUAGAUACGUUGUUACAUUAAGGCGGGUGCGAGCGCUUAUUAUCUCCUUUUGGUUCCUAAUUGGUGCUUCGGUUGGGUGUGUCUUCAUUUCAGGAAUUUACUAUUUUGUAUAUGCUGUUGUGAUGCUUAUUUCUCUUCUUAUCUCGGCCAUCUCUUACGCUAAGAUCUAUUUCCGUCUCCGUCACCAACUGCUUCAUGUACAAGGCCACGUUCACCAACGACAACAACUUCCUCCCAAUGGCGUUGUACCGACUGCAUUGAAUGUAGCGCGAUACAAGAAAACGGUUUCUAUCAUAGCAUGGAAUUGCCACGUGAUCAAGAGAGGAUCUCUGUAUCAAGGUGACAGUUGUUAUUCCCCUGGUCUACAAAGAGUGGCUCUAUACGUUGGGUGACAACAUCCUCCUAAAUGAUCAUUUUGAUGUUGUGUGAAGGAAUAUUUGCUGCCACCAUAGGGUGCGACUGAGCCACAGGCUCUCCUACAAUCGGCGGGACCAAAACAGCUAAAACGGAACCUACACCAACCUGUUUUCUAGUUCAAACAGGUAUAAAGAUACUGAACACCGCUGUACUCUUUUGUUCACCGGCUACUAAACAAAGCUGCAAAGCCAACGAGUUUGGGAAAGGAGAACCAGUUGUGGUCUACGACAUGACACUCUAAUGAUAUUUCGUCUUUCCUCUCAGAACAAUUGAAAACUCACCUACAUCCAACUGGAAACGUGUUAGAGUACAUUGAUACCAGGCAGUUCAAACCUUAUUCACAUAUAAAUAUAGCUCGAUAGCGCUGAAGCAAUUUGGCAGUGAAGGAAGAACAUUCCAUGACCUAUAAAUUAUGUAUACAAAAAAAGCCUACGUGCACUCCCUCGGACCCUUUUAAAUGUAUAGUAAAUGAAAACUAGGCUGUUUAUUAUAGAUAUUUUUGUUUGACAUGUCUCUUUUUUUCUCUUUCGCUUGUGACGAUCUGGAGGAUUUCUUCCGUUUGACAAAAAUAUUCAAACUUGAAGCAUGUGACAUAAAAAUAAUGUUUAGCGAACGUUUAUGUAAACUCAA